GGGAGGCGGGGCCGUGCGCGUCACGCUUCCUCCGCCCCAGCUUCCGCGUCGCAGUCCCGGGAGCUGGUUCCUGAGCGGGUCCCGGAGUCCUCGCGCACUUCAGGGCGGGAGCCAGAGCUGGGGGUCGGGCUCAGACCCGGAGCGUGGGCUGAAGCGGCGGGCACUGACUCCCCGCGAGAUGGACGGGACAGAAGGCAAUGCUGGGCAGCCGGGCCCCGCUGAGCGGUCCCAUCGUAGCAGCGUGUCCUCCGUGGGAACCCGAGCCUCCGUUGCAGCAGCUGACGUGCUGGUGUACCUGGCGGAUGACACAGUGCUGCCCCUGGCCGUGGACAACCUGCCCUCGCUCAGUGCCCACGAGCUGCACCGGGCUGUCCGUGAGGUCCUGCAGCUCCCGGACAUCGCCCUGGACGUCUUCGCACUCUGGCUUGUGUCCCCUCUGCUGGAGGUGCAGCUGAAGCCCCGGCACCGGCCCUACAAGCUCGGCCGCCAGUGGCCCGAGUUGCUGCUGCGCUUCACUGACGCGCCCGACGACGACGUGGCUGCGGAUGAGCCUUCCCUGCAGUUCCGAAGGAACGUGUUUUUCCCAAAGCGGCGGGAGCUCCAGAUCCACGAUGAGGAGGUCCUGCGGCUGCUCUAUGAGGAGGCCAAAGGCAACGUGCUGGCCGCACGGUACCCGUGCGACGUGGAGGACUGUGAGGCCCUGGGCGCCCUGGUGUGCCGCGUGCAGCUCGGGCCCUACCAGCCGGGCCAGCCCACAGCCUGCGCCCUGAGGGAGAAGCUGGACUCCUUCCUCCCCGCCCACCUCUGCAAGCGGGGCCACGGGCUCUUUGCUGCCCUCCGGGGCCGAGGGGCCAAGGCGGGCACAGGCGAGCAGGGACUGCUGAGUGCCUACUGCCAAGUAAAGGAAGCGGCCGGCAGUGACGGCGAGCAUGGGGCCUCCCUGAGCCCCCACUACCGCGCCUACCUCCUCAAGAGCCACGAGCUGCCCUUUUACGGGUGUGCCUUCUUCCACGGUGAGGUUGACAAGCCGGCCCAGGGCUUUCUGCACCGGGGCGGGCGGAAACCAGUGGACGUGGCCAUCAGCCUGGAGGGUGUGCACGUCAUUGACAGCAGGGAGAAGCACGUCCUGCUGGGCCUGCGCUUCCAGGAGCUUUCCUGGGACCACACGUCCCCCGAGGAGGAGGAGUCUGUCCUGUGGCUGGAGUUCGAUGGGGACAACGAGGGCACACCUGUCAACAAGCUGCUCAAGAUCUACUCCAAGCAGGCCGAGCUGAUGAGCAGCCUCAUCGAGUACUGCAUUGAGCUGAACCAGUCUUCAGAGCCCGUCGCCCCCCCGGAGAACGUGUCCGGCGCCCCCUCGGCCACGGGCUCCCCGCCGCCCCCCACUCAGCGCCCCCCUCUGCGCAGGCAGGGCAGCGUGGUGAGCAGCCGCCUCCAGCAUCUCUCCACCAUCGACUACGUGGAGGAAGGUCAGCAGAUCAAGCGGGUGAAGCCAAAGCGCACCACGUCCUUCUUCAGCCGGCAGCUGUCCACCAGCCAGGGGAGCUACACCGUGGUGCAGCCCAGCGACAGCCUGGAGCAGGGCUGAGGGCCGUGCCCCGGGCAGGGGGAGGGCACAGGGGGAGGCUGCCCCUGGACCUGGCCCAGCAUUCGUCUCCCAGAGGGGCAGGACCGGGCUGCGGCUCUGGUGUGGGGCAGGGGGGCUCCCUCGGGAGGGAAGGAGUGGCUUGUGCCUGUGAGGGUCCGAGGCCCGCACAGCUGGCGGGGGGACCCCCGCAGGGUCCCGCCUGCCCUUCCGCUGGACUCCGCCCCAGGGCUGUCUCAGGACCAUCCGAGGAGGCUCUGCCUGCCUCCUGCCAGCCAGGGACUUGCCCUUGUGCCCCUCUCAGGAUGGACAGUGUCCCCUGCUCUGCGGUCCUCGGGGGCAGCGCUGACGGCAGGGGGCCACCGAAUAGGAUUUGGGACCUGUAGGUCCAGUGUGGGUCUUUGGUCCUUUCCCUGGACGCUGGUGACCACAUCCCCGCAUUCCUCGGCCGCAUUCCACCCACGCUGCAUGUCCGGGGAAGGCUCCGCCGGGCGGCAGAGAGGCAGGCAGACAGGGUGACUGGCUCUGGCUGGCUGGGACUGGAGGGAGCCAGGCAGGGCCUGGCUCGGGAGCCCUCUGUGCCCUUCACUCAUGCCUUGUGAUCAGGACACAUUGUGACGGAAGGAAGUGCCUUUUUGCCAGUCUUUGGGGACAACACAGUGCCGAGAGGUGGAUGUCCUGUGUUUGCUCUUUUUUUUCAUCUGCUCCAGUUCCACGAAGCCUGGGAGCUCCAGGGUAGCUUGAGGAGGAGGCCCCCACCCACCUCAGAGCUGCCUGCUCUCCCUCAAGAUGGCGCCGAGGUGUCCAUCCACCCAACCCCGGGGGUGGCCUAUGCAUGGGGACGUCCCGCUUGAGCUGGUCUCCUCUUUCCAGGGACAUUGUAAGGAGGCUGGAUGUGGGUUGGGCGUAGCUUUGCCCCCUGCUUCACCCUCCUGGCUUCUCCCAGAAGAGCCAGAGGGGGUAGAGGAGAGCCGACCCAGCCCCUCUGCGCCUCCACGGUGGGUCCACGGCCCUCCCGGCACUUCUGAGACUUUCCACAGGCCCAGCCCCGCUGAGCACUGGGCUCUGCUUUGCCCUCCCUCCCUGUGGAGAGCUCUGGCACAGGAAACGCAGACUGGCCUGCCGGCUCAGAUGCUCCGAGGUGGGCUUGCCUCCGGCAGCAGGGACUCUGAUGUCAGUUAUAAUAAAUGGGCGUCCGCAGCCUUUUGGAAUUUCCCACCCAGAGGCCAUCUCAUCCCCCUUCCCGGAGUCACUGGACCGGAGUGGCCCAGCCCGCCUGGCGCCCAGCCCUCUGGUUCUUUCCUCCCACUCGAUGUUUAGACCCAGGUGAAUGCUUAUCUGUCUGCUGGGCUGGCGGCUGGCGGGGGUGGGCGCGGGCACACAUGACUUGUUUUCACUCUUCAGUCGCUCCUCUGUUAUCUGAGCAUCCCUUGUGUGCCGUGACCUUUUCUGCCUGCCCUUUAGGACAAAGCAGUAUUUUACCAAGUGCCCUUUGAAUAUUCUCAUUCUUUUGUAUCAUGUGACUUCUUAAUAAUAAAAUAAAUUUCCAGCAAA